AUGAUUUUCCUUCUCAUACUAGAUGAUGUUAGGGAAGCUAUAAAUUUGGAUCAUGUAGGUAUGCCCCAAUCUGAAGAUCUCGCAAGAAGCAAUGUAAUUAUAACUUCUCAUUCUUUGGAGGAGAUGAUGCCAACUUUUGUUGUAAAGAUUCACAUUUUGUUGCCUCAUUCAGGAGUAACUAAGCAGAUGAUGGGAACUCCUGUACAAGAGAGACGAAAUUUCAAGCUAAAAAGCCUAUGGAGCAUAGAAGCCUGGGAAGACAUUAGAGGUUGGUUUCCAGAAAACAACAAAAGAAGCCGAAUACUGUUGACUACUCGGAUCACGGAGGUUGCUCGAGAUGCUAGCUAUCCUAAGAAUCCUUUUCCAAUGCGUUUCCUAGAUCCAGAAGAAAGUUGGAAUUUGUUUUGCCAAAAGGCGUUUGGCAAAAAUGAUUGUCCAGCUAAAUUUGAGAAGGUCGGAAAGGUAAUUGUAGGAAAUUGCAACGGAUUACCACUAAUGAUUUCUGUGGUUGCAGGGUCUCUUUCUAGCAAGAGGACGCUGGACGAGUGGAAUGAAGUAGCUCAAAGUGUAAGCUCAUUAGUAAACCUUGAUGAUUAUCAACGUUGCUCAGGAGUGCUCACUUUGAGCUACAAUCAUCUUCCUUCCCACUUGAAAGCUUGCUUUCUGUAUUUCGGAGUUUUCAAAAAAUCUAGUGAAAUUUCUGUCGAAAAUUUGAAUAGAUUAUGGAUGGCAGAAGGACUCUGUAAGCUGAAGGGGAUUGGGGAAUUGGAAAAAGAAGGUUCUAGUCUACUACAUGAUCUUAUUGAUAAAAGUCUAAUUGUUGCUUGCAAGCAUAGUUUGGAUGGCAAAAUCAAGACAUGUAAGAUUCAUGAUCUUCUCCAUGAUUUAUGCUUGAGAGAAUCGGAAAGUGAGAGUCUUUUGUAUGUUUCAAAUCCCCCAAUUUCAGAUACCGAUGUUCUUCAACUUGGUCGGUGGGUUUCAUUUCAUCAAGAGCCAGUGGAAGAUUUUUUUUCUCUUCCCUUCCCUACUUAUGGUAAAACACGUUCUCUUCAUUUUCUUGCGGUAAAACCGUCCAAUUUUAGAUAGGAAUUAGGAUUAGACCAUUUCAAACUUCUUAGAGUAUUGGACUUGCUGGGAUCGGGCCUGAUAUAUUUCCCUAAUGGAUUAUUAAACCUAGUUUCCUUAAGGUAUUUGAGGGCUGGGUUCAUCAGUGGAUAUCUACCAAUUUAUAAACUUCAGAAUUUACAAUUUCUUAGUUUUCGUAAUGUUCAUAAGUGUGUACCUGUUAAGCAUCACUUACCAGAUGGAACCUGGAAAAUGUCUCAAUUGAGGCAUAUCGACUCUGCAGUUUUUUGUUUGUGUUCUCCUCCAAAGGUAUCUGGCAAUAAGUACCGGGCUUUGGAAAACUUGCAAAGUAUUCAUGGGCUGAGACCUGAUUGUUGCACAAAAGAAAUGUUUGAAGGGAUUAAAAAGGUGAAAAAAUUGGGGAUUUGUGGCGAGAGUAAUCACUUCUAUGAUGCGCCCGAAUGCCUAGAUUAUCUUAUAUAUUUACCUGAGCUAGAGAAACUAAAAAUCUUAUUAUACGACCCAUACGGCAGUGAUUUGCUUCAUAAGCAGCCAGUUCCAUGUAUGGGU